GCAUGCGCAGAUUGGGGAAGGUUCUGGAAGACGGGAGAGCUGCCGCCAUUUUGCGGGAAGAGGAGCCGGUCUACUUGCAGUGCUGCCUUUCUUGCCUAGACUCUAGGAAAAAUCCGAGCUUCACUCCCCACAGCAUACUCAAAGGAACGGAGAGAACCGGGACCCCCCUGCGGGGACCCGGAACUGAUCUGACAGGAUGGCAUCUGAUGACUUUGAUAUAGUGAUUGAGGCCAUGCUGGAAGCUCCCUAUAAAAAAGAAGAGGAUGAGCAACAAAGGAAAGAAGUUAAAAAGGAUUAUCCUAGCGAUACCACCAGCAGCACCAGCAACAGUGGCAAUGGGACCAGUGGAAGCAACACCAUCGGGGAGACAAGCAAGAAGAAGAGGAGUCGGAGCCAUAGUAAAAGCAGGGAUAGAAAGCGCAGUCGUAGUCGAGAUCGGGAUCGGUAUAGACGGAGAAAUAGUCGGAGCCGAAGUCGAGGUCGGCAGCGUCGUCACCGUAGCCGUAGCUGGGAUCGUCGACAUAGUUGUGAGUCGCGAAGUUGGGACCGUCGUCGUGAGGAUCGUGUGCGUUACAGGAGUCCUCCACUUGCCACUGGUUAUAGGUAUGGACACAGUAAGAGUCCUCAUUUCAGAGAGAAGAGCCCAGUCAGGGAGCCAGUUGAUAAUCUGAGUCCUGAGGAGCGUGAUGCCCGCACAGUUUUCUGUAUGCAGUUAGCUGCCCGAAUUCGGCCUCGAGAUCUGGAGGACUUUUUCUCUGCUGUAGGCAAGGUUCGCGAUGUACGUAUCAUCUCAGAUCGGAACUCACGUCGUUCUAAGGGCAUUGCCUAUGUGGAAUUCUGUGAAAUCCAGUCUGUGCCACUGGCCAUUGGGCUGACUGGGCAGCGGUUGCUGGGAGUGCCUAUCAUUGUACAGGCUUCACAGGCAGAGAAAAACCGACUGGCAGCCAUGGCCAACAACCUGCAAAAGGGCAGUGGUGGACCAAUGCGCCUCUAUGUGGGUUCCCUGCACUUCAACAUCACUGAAGACAUGCUCCGGGGCAUCUUUGAGCCCUUUGGUAAAAUUGAUAAUAUUGUCCUGAUGAAGGACUCAGAUACAGGCCGCUCUAAAGGUUAUGGUUUCAUCACGUUCUCUGAUUCUGAGUGUGCCCGGCGGGCCCUGGAACAGCUGAAUGGCUUUGAGCUUGCUGGUCGACCUAUGAGGGUUGGCCAUGUGACUGAGCGACUGGAUGGUGGCACAGACAUCACUUUUCCUGAUGGGGACCAGGAGCUGGAUCUGGGAUCAGCAGGUGGACGUUUGCAGCUCAUGGCAAAACUGGCAGAAGGCUCUGGAAUCCAACUGCCAACCACUGCUACUGCUGCUGCUGCUGCUGCUGCUGCCGCUGCCCAAGCUGCUGCCUUGCAACUGAAUGGAGCAGUUCCCUUGGGGGCCCUGAAUCCAGCAGCUCUGACUGCUCUGAGUCCAGCCCUGAACUUUGCCUCCCAGUGCUUCCAGCUCUCCAGCCUCUUUACCCCCCAGACCAUGUAAAUCAGUGGCACAGCAUACUGCCUCCUUGUGCCUCUGGAUCCUGCCACUUCACAUCUACACUUCCAUGGCUCCAUUUUGUGGACCAAGCCAUCCUGAGGGCAUGGACAUUGUCUCUGAGGAAAUUGGGGCCACCCUUAAGACACCAAGAAGAGCUCCUGCCCAUGGUCCCACUGGAAAUGGACUCUGCUGAGCAAAGCCCCCAGUUGAAGAGGAGAAUCCACACCUGCAUUGAAUACCUGUUUCUCCAUGCGUAUCGUCUCUGAGAUUACCUUCUUGCCCUUUCCAACACCUUAGUGAUUCCUCCCCCAUUGGGAAGGCCAUAGGGCAUUAACUGAAGGAACUGACCUCUCUCCUUUUCCUGUACCUUUACCCUUUAGUCUGUCAAGGGAAACCCUUAGGACCUCUGAAUCAAGAGGACUGAGUUUGUAGGUGAACCUUGAAGGUGCUCUUUUUGUUACAAGGGCCCUGGGAGAUAGCAUGGACAUGUGCAUUGAGAAGCCAGCCUCAGACCUUAGCUUGAAGCAGCUUGAGGCCAGACCUACUGUAGGCUCAGCAUCUUGCUAGGAGGCAUGGAAGUGAUCUGUCCUGCCAGGAGGCAUGAGGAGUGAUCUGUCCUGCCAGGAGGCAUGAGAGUGAUCUGUCCUGCCAGGAGGCAUGAGAGUGAUCUGUCCUGCCAGGAGGCAUGAGAGUGAUCUGUCCUGCCAGGAGGCA